UCGGUUGGUUGUUCAGUUGGUUAGUUAAUUUUAAAAUUUCGGUGAGUUAAGAACUGAGAAUACAGAAAUGGUGCUAUUCAAGUAUAUUGUCAUCAUUGCCAUAGCUUCAGUUCCAUUUUGUCAGUCAAAGCAAACCGAAACAGCAACCAAUCUGAAUUCCGACAGUAACGUCCAGAAAAUUUUUGAUAUACUGGCUGCGCAGGACGAGAAACUUAAUCGGUUACAUACGCUGAUGCUACAAAAUGACGUCAUUCCGAAAUGUGCACAAUUUAUAAUUAGGGAAAAGAUAAACUUAGCUACCAAAUGCUGGAGGGGACUACUGACUGAAAUAAAGCUCUAUGAUCAAUCCGUUGCCACCGAAAUCAAAUUGUUGGGACAAUUAAUUGCAGAUGCUUACGGCGGGGAAAGAGACCGAAUUCUUACGAUUAUAGAAAUUAUUAAAAAUAAUGUUGAAAGAGGCAGUGAAUUAGCCAAUAGCGCAUACGAUACUUUGCUGAACGAAAUGGACUCUUAUGGUCAGCUUUACUUGAAGGGUAACAAGGCCGAUAAUGGUGUAGGAAGCGGUUUGACCGAUAACACAUAUCGUGUGCUGAACAAGAUCGAAGAAGCAGAGGGUGCUUCAUCGCCGAUUUUCACUCAAAAGUUGCCAAGCGCCGUAAACAGUAUUUUGAAGGGAAAAGAAAUUUUUAUUCGAAAUUCAGUGACAAAAGGUUAUCUCCACGCAUCCCAUGCCUAUUCAACGUAUGUAAUUCUGGGUGAUCUUAACGGAACAGAUACUCGCUACAUUUGGAAAUUAAGUCCAGUGGUCGACCAGUGGGAGAUCAAGAAUCGAGAAUUGUUUCACCUCACAAACACAUUUGAGAAUAAAGUCUUAGCAGUUGGUGGCAGAUCGGUGAUGCUGGCUGACGCAACUGACGAUACAUUGAAGAGUACAUGGGCAAUGUUUUACAUUCAACUAGUUCAAGGUACAAGCGGUGAGGAGGUGGCAUUUCAAUGCAGUUAUUGGGGAAUAAAAACAUUAGCUUGGAAUGAAGACGAUGUUGAGGAUAAAUUUUUGAAGUUAGAGCAUCAGGAAAACGUGCAACCAUUAGCAGUUUGGUUGUUGCAACCAGUAAAAUAGAAGCUUUUUUAGUUGUAAAAAGACGAAGUCUGGCAGCACUGCUGUCGAGGCUAGGUAGUCGCAAAACUUUGACAACUACUUUCUCACU